AUGAUUCUUGUUGUAAUUUUCGUGCCUGUCGUGGUAACCUGCGGAGUGAUGGUAGCAAUAGCAGCCAGUCAUACUCCAGGGGAGGAAUACAUCCUCUCCGGGACUUAUCAGUGCACCUAUGUCUGGGAGGGAGACGCCCGAACCAUGGAUUCCAUGGCUUGGGCACUGUAUACAAUGUGGGAGGCCCUUGCACUGUGUCUUGCACUCUGGAUAGCCGUAAAAUACUUCCGUGGACUGCGACAACCAUCAAAUAUAUGGACCAUAGAGGACUUAUUCACGGUGUUAAUGAAAACUCACGUGGCUUACUUUGCAAGCUUUGCCACUGUUUCUUGCUUCCAACUUGUCUAUGACUCCGCAACUAUUGACGCGUCCUCCAUGGGAUAUAUUUUUGCUGUUCUUGAAUUCUUCUGGAGCUUGCAGUUGUUUGUGUUGGGUCCACGCCUCAUCCUUAGCGUUCGAGAAUAUCAUGCUAAGUUCAUACCUGACUCCGAUGCAGAAACGGGCAUAUCUGCGAUUGCCUUCCAGGACACUGGAGAAACUCCAAGUGAUGAUCACUUGGUGUGGUGGCACAUCGAUGCUGGCGAGGCAUAUCCUCUCAGUGACCACUUUCGCUGGGUUUGGUCUGUCGCAAUUUCAUCGGAUGGAAAUCGCAUAGUGUCUGGUUCAUAUGACAACUUGACAAUUCAGGUGUGGGACAUAGUAACUGGCAAGGCAUCGAGUGCCUGUCUCCCAGGCCACACUGACUAUGUCCUCUCUGUUGCAAUCUCGCCGGAUGUAUGUCGCAUCAUGUCUGAUUCACGUGACAAGACCAUCAGGGUGUGGGAUGAGGCCUGGUGA